CUCCGAGCCUAGUGACUGCGUAGGGGCGGUGCCGGGAGCACUUCCGGCCUCCAACUCACGCCUCUCACUAGCUAUUGGCUGGCACCGUCCCCGCGAAUCUGACUGGCAGCUACGUACAGGGGCGGGGUGUGGCCAUCGCUUCCGCCAGGCCAUGGGGCCGCGCGUGCUGCUGCUGCUGUCGCUGCCGCUCCUGCUGGUGCAGCUAUCUGUGCUGCUCUGCGGGGCCGAAAACACUGCACCUUCGUCGCCGCACCCUGCGCAGGCGGCGCCUUCGCUGCGGCCCGCGCCAGCUAAUGGGAGCCAGUCGGGAGCGCCGCAAAACAGCACGCACGGUUGGCCGGCAGGCGCGCCCAACACACCGCUGGUACGCUCCUUCUACGUGCUCACCGGCCUCGCUGGCUUGACGCUUAUCUACUUCCUCAUCCGGGCGUUCAGGUUGAAAAAGCCACAGCGAAGGAAGUACGGGCUCCUGGCCAACACUGAGGACCCCAGCGACAUGGCCUCCCUGGACAGUGACGAGGAGACUGUAUUCGAGUCGAGGAACCUGAAGUGAUGCUGCUGUAAGUCAGGCACAUUCCAAGAGGCCACAGGGAAGGACAAGAUGGCCGCUGCAUUCUGCUGGCUUUGGUGUUCACCCUCCAGCUGCCACCCAGAGCACCUGUCACACCCGGACCCCAGCUCCUGACCAUGUGGCCUUGACUCCCUGCCCACUGCCACUGCCUGGCCAAGGGAGCCAUGUGGAAGCCAGAGGCACCCCAGCAGCUGGCGCCCAGGACUCUGAGGCCCCCAGACAGACUAUGACCCAUGCCACUCCCUUCCCCUUGGGAUCUGGCAGCCCUGCACCGAGGCCUGCUGGGCAGGUGGACUGAGGGGUCUGUCAGGAAGUCCCUUCCUGUGGGGCUGUUGACAAUAAAAGAAGCCGUGGCUCUGCACCAGGGGCCAGCCCCA